GGGAGUGUAAUCGGCGGUGGGGGAGAGGGGGGGGGCGACGUUUGAGAGGGAAUCCGCUCUCCUACCUCUCCUGUCACUCAGUUGCCUCGGUCGCGCCGGGGACGACACGAGCCGCUGGAUUAUGUCGGUUGACCUCUCGUGCACCGGCUGCUCUGGGGAUUUAUGACAUUGACUGGGAUAAAGAUUGAAGACAAACAAAAAGAACAAGCGGUCGGACAUCCGAGGAGGAGGAGGAGGAGAAGGAGGAGGAGAAAAAAAGGGGAUUCGAGUGAUUUUCUGCGUGAGUCAGCGCACACGCGUCCUCUCGACCGCGUGACUGAGCAGGGAGAGGCGGGGCUACUCGGUAGCAGACCUUGGCGUCGCACGCUGAUGAUGACGAGGAGGAGGAUGGGCGAGCCGGACUUGCUGCUGCUGCUGCUGCUGCUGCUGCCGCUGGUGGCGGCGUUGGAGGUCCCGCUCGAUCUUCUGGAAAGAUUGCCGCAGCCCCCCACUAUCACACACCAGUCCCCCAAGGAUUACAUCAUCGACCCCCGGGAGAACAUUGUCAUCCACUGUGAGGCUAAAGGGAAGCCUCAUCCCAGUUUCUCCUGGACGAGAAACGGCACCCACUUUGACCUGGAGCAGCACCCCAACGUGCACAUGAGGGCCCAUUCGGGAACACUGGUGGUGGACAUCAGCAGGGAGCGGACGGAACACUACGAGGGCACGUACCAGUGCACGGCCAGGAACAAACACGGGACCGCCGUCUCCAAUGACAUCGUGCUGCGCCAACCCAGGUCGCCUUUGUGGUCCAAAGAGAAGAUC